UUAUUUAUUAUCCUUUAAAGGGGCCGCGACCUGAAAAUUUCCGUCCACUCUGCCCGGCUCCCCAGCGCCCCCGGGCUGGUUGCCCGUCGUCCGACCGCGCGCGGGGGGCGAGGGGGCGUCUGGGGAAAAGUGGGGAGUCCUGGCGAGCCCCUCCCGCGCCCGGGCCGCGGCGCUGAAUCACCGGCCAGGUUUCUGCAGAUGCGUGAAUGAGCCGGAUGCCAGCCUCUGUCCCCUGGAGCCCAGCGUGAGGAAGAGGCAUGCCCUGUCAGCCUUCAGCCUGAGCCCGGCGGCCCCCGCCCCCGCCCCCUGCCACCCUGCACUGCCCCGGCUCCCCCGCGGCCCCCACGCUGCAGUGCGGCCGGGCCCCCUCCCCGCAGGGGCCGCCCCCGCCGCCCACCCCUAGCGCCCGUGGUGGUGGUGGUGGUGGUGGUGGUGGUGGCCCAGGCCGCAGGGCCAUGAAGCUACAGGCCGUGAUGGAGACGCUCUUGCAGAGGCAGCAGCGGGCGCGCCAGGAGCUGGAGGCCCGGCAGCAGCUGCCCCCUGAUCCCUCCACUGCACCCCCCGGCCGGGCCCGGGCUGCUGCCGACGAGGACAGAGAGCCCGAGAGUGCUCGGAUGCAGCGGGCUCAGAUGGCUGCGCUGGCCGCCAUGCGGGCUGCAGCUGCGGGCCUGGGACACCCGGCCAGCCCCGGUGGCUCUGAGGAUGGGCCCCCAGGCUCGGAGGAGGAGGACGCGGGCCGGGAGGGGACACCCGGCUCGCCUGGCCGAGGCAGAGAAGGGCCGGGAGAGGAGCACUUUGAAGACGUGGCCUCCGAUGAGGACAUGAAGCCCAAAUGGGAGGAGGAGGAGAUGGAGGAAGACCUCGGGGAGGAUGAGGAUGAGGAGGAGGAUUACGAGGACGAGGAGGAGGAGGAGGACGAGGAGGGGCUGGGGCCCCCAGGCCCUGCCAACUUGGGCACCACAGCGCUGUUCCCCCGAAAGGCCCAGCCAGCCCAGGCCUUCCGAGGCGAUGGCGUUCCCAGGGCGCUGGGGGGCCAGGAGCGGCCGGGGCCUGGCCCUGCCCAGACCGGAGGGGCCCAUGUAGCUCCGCAGCUGCAGCCGCCUGACCACGGGGACUGGACGUAUGAGGAGCAGUUUAAGCAGCUCUACGAACUCGACGGGGACCCCAAGAGGAAGGAAUUCUUGGAUGACUUGUUCAGCUUCAUGCAGAAGCGAGGGACACCUGUGAACCGUAUCCCCAUCAUGGCCAAACAGGUCCUUGACCUGUUCAUGCUAUACGUGCUGGUGACGGAGAAGGGCGGCCUCGUGGAGGUCAUAAACAAGAAGCUAUGGCGAGAGAUCACCAAGGGCCUCAACCUGCCCACGUCCAUCACCAGUGCGGCCUUCACCCUCCGGACCCAAUACAUGAAGUACCUGUACCCCUACGAGUGUGAGAAGCGGGGCCUCAGUAACCCCAAUGAGCUCCAGGCAGCCAUAGACAGCAACCGACGGGAGGGCCGGCGCCAAAGCUUUGGGGGCUCCCUCUUUGCCUACUCGCCAGGUGGGGCGCACGGCAUGCUCUCCUCACCCAAGCUGCCCGUGUCCUCCUUGGGCCUGGCCGCAAGCACCAACGGCAGCUCCAUCACCCCCGCCCCUAAGAUCAAGAAAGAGGAGGACUCAGCCAUCCCCAUCACGGUCCCUGGCCGCCUGCCUGUCUCCCUGGCAGGCCACCCUGUGGUGGCAGCCCAGGCAGCAGCUGUGCAAGCAGCAGCCGCCCAAGCAGCUGUGGCCGCACAGGCAGCCGCCCUGGAACAGCUGCGGGAGAAGCUGGAGUCUGCGGAGCCUCCUGAGAAGAAGAUGGCCCUGGUGGCUGAUGAGCAGCAACGGCUGAUGCAGCGGGCACUCCAGCAGAACUUCCUGGCCAUGGCGGCCCAGCUGCCCAUGAGCAUUCGGAUCAACAGCCAAGCCUCUGAGAGCCGCCAGGACUCUGCCGUGAACCUGACAGGCACCAAUGGCAGCAACAGCAUCAGCAUGUCUGUGGAGAUCAAUGGCAUCAUGUACACAGGAGUUCUGUUUGCUCAGCCGCCGGCCCCCACGCCACCCUCUGCUUCCAACAAAGGUGGUGGUGGCGGCAGCAGCAGCAACGCAGGCAGCCGGGGAGGAAACACCGGAACCAGCGGUGGCCAGGCCGGGCCAGCAGGGCUGUCUGGACCUUCCACAUCUACCUCAAAUAACUCGUUGCCUUAACCGCAUCACUCCCCACCCGCCACCCACCCCGGAGCCCGCCGGCCUGGGCAGGGGGGGUCCAGGUGGGCCACACAGGGUCCAGGAUGGCGGAAGAUACGGGUGGGGAGGGAAGAUAUCCAGAAAGGAGCCACAGCUGACGCCAAAAAGAAGAGAAAAAAUAUAUAUAUAUAUACGUAUAUAUAUAAAGAAAAUUUAAUAAAACAGGGGAAAACCAAGGAACACUUGAAUUUCUCAGGUUUUGGACAUUCAGAGAGAUGAAUUGUGAGAACAGCAAAGGAAAUCCAUCAGAAAAACAGAAAGAGGCAGACGUUUCUCAGGGCAAUCCAGCAGCCCUGAUGGACCGAAGGCUCUGGUGUCUGGUUCGGCCCCACUGCAGCGUGGGCCGAUCCCAUUUACCUCAAACAUCCCUGCACUGUGUGUUUUCAUUUUUGUCUGCUUUGGUUCUCUUUUAGUUUCUAUUCACCCACACACUCACCACUCCCAGCUUCUCGUGUCCAGUGAGACCCCUGAACUAAGAUCACUGAAUUUUUUUUUUCUUGUUGCUUUGGGAAUUUUUUUUUUUUUUCUCCGUAGGGUUUUUAAGAGGGUUCAGGGGUUUUGUUGUGUAAAUAUUCUAUUUUAUUCUUGGGGGGAUCAAACCUUAGGAAAAGGAUAUCUAUAUAUCUAUAUAGCUAUAUAUUUGUGUUCCUUCAGGGAAACUGGUCUUGAAAAAGCAA